CUCUCUGCGCGCGCGGCAAGCCCUCUCUCCCGCCUCCGCCGGCCGCUCGCCGACCCGCAGCCGCUCUCGGGCUCCGGCUGGGUCUCGCGCGCUCGGCCGCUGCUAGGUCUCUUCGUGAGAGGCCUCGCGCCGUUCGGCGCACGCCGUACCCCUGCCUCGAGGCGCGGGGUCUCGUGGGCCCCGCUCCCGCCCUCCGCUCGCCUGGCCCGGACCGGAAGCGGCGCCGCACGGCCUGGGCCUGGCGCGGGGGGCGGGCACCGGGGCCCGGUCGGACAUGGGCAAGAAGCACAAGAAGCACAAGUCGGACAAACACCUCUACGAGGAGUAUGUAGAGAAGCCCUUGAAGCUGGUCCUCAAAGUGGGAGGGAACGAAGUCACCGAACUCUCCACGGGCAGCUCCGGGCACGACUCCACCCUCUUAGAAGACAAAAACGAUCACGACAAACACAAGGACCGAAAGCGGAAAAAGAGAAAGAAAGGAGAGAAGCAGGUUCCAGGGGAGGAAAAGGGGAGAAAACGGAGACGAAUAAAGGAAGAUAAAAAGAAGCGAGAUCGGGACCGCGUGGACAAUGAGGCAGAAAAAGACCUCCAGUGUCAGGCCCCUGUAGGAUUAGACUUGCCUCCUGAGAAGCCUCUUGCAAGCUCUUUAGCCAAACAAGAAGAAGUAGAACAGACACCCCUUCAAGAAGCUUUGAAUCAACUGAUGAGACAACUGCAGAGGAAAGACCCAAGUGCUUUCUUUUCAUUUCCUGUGACUGAUUUUAUUGCUCCCGGCUACUCCAUGAUCAUUAAACACCCAAUGGAUUUUAGUACCAUGAAAGAAAAGAUCAAGAACAAUGAUUACCAGUCCAUAGAAGAACUAAAGGAUAACUUCAAACUAAUGUGUACUAAUGCUAUGAUUUACAACAAACCAGAGACCAUUUAUUAUAAAGCUGCAAAGAAGCUAUUGCACUCAGGGAUGAAAAUUCUUAGCCAGGAGAGAAUUCAGAGCCUGAAGCAGAGCAUAGACUUCAUGGCAGACUUGCAAAAAAGUCGAAAGCAGAAAGAUAGAACAGACACCUCGCAGAGUGGGGAGGACAGCGGCUGCUGGCCAAGAGAGAGGGAAGACUCUGGAGACACUGAGGCACAAGGCUUCAAGAGUCCCAAUAAGGAAAAUAAAAAGAAAGACAAAGAUGUACUUGAAGAUAAAUUUAAAAGCAAUAAUGUAGAAAGAGAGCAGGAGCAGAUUGACCGCAUUGUUAAGGAAUCUGGAGGAAAGCUGACCAGGCGGCUUGUUAAUAGUCAGUGUGAAUUUGAAAGGAGGAAACCAGAUGGAACAACAACAUUGGGACUUCUCCAUCCUGUGGAUCCUGUUGUAGGAGAACCAGGCUACUGCCCUGUGAGACUGGGAAUGACGACUGGAAGACUUCAGUCUGGAGUGAAUACUUUGCAGGGGUUCAAAGAAGAUAAAAGGAACAAGGUAACUCCAGUGUUAUACUUGAAUUAUGGACCCUACAGUUCUUAUGCACCACAUUAUGACUCCACAUUUGCAAACAUCAGCAAGGACGAUUCUGAUUUAAUCUAUUCAACCUAUGGGGAAGACUCUGACCUCCCGAGUGAUUUCAGCAUCCAUGAGUUUUUGGCCACAUGCCAAGAUUAUCCAUAUGUUAUGGCAGAUAGUUUACUGGAUGUUUUAACAAAAGGAGGACAUUCUAGAACCCUGCAGGAGUUGGAGAUGUCAUCUCCUGAAGAUGAAGGCCAAACUAGGAUGCUUGACACAGCAAAAGAAAUGGAGCAGAUUACAGAAAUCGAACCAACAGGGCAUUUAGACUCCAAUAAUCAAGACAGGCUUACAGCACUGAAAGCAGUAGCAAACUUUGGAGCUCCCGUUGAAGUUUUUGACUCGGAAGAAGCUGAAGUGUUCCAGAGGAAACUUGAUGAGACCACCAAACUGCUCAGAGAGCUCCAGGAAGCCCAGAAUGAGCGUUUGAGCACCAGACCCCCUCCCAACAUGAUCUGUCUCUUGGGUCCCUCAUACAGAGAAAUGCAUCUUGCUGAACAAGUGACCAAUAACCUUAAAGAACUUGCACAGCAAGUAACUCCGGGGGAUAUUGUAAGCAUGUAUGGAGUCCGAAAAGCAAUGGGGAUUUCCAUCCCCUCCCCGGUGGUUGAAAACACCUUUGUAGAUUUAACAGAAGAUUUUGAAGAACCUAAAAAGACUGAUGUUACUGAGUGUGGACCUGAUGGGAUUUGAAGCUAACUGGUUACCUAUGCCUCUGCCGUACGCCCUAAACUAAUACUCAUCUACUUUUACCUGAAAUGCAAAGGUCAAGUGCCCGAGCAGUCUGAUUACUUAAGUAGGAGACGAUGAUGUGGUCCUCUUCUAUAACCAGGCACUAGACUGUAGCCUAGUUCAGUGAACAAAUUAAGCUUAAGACCCUACUCAGACUGCAUGGAGCCCUUCUAUAAAACAUCCAGGCAGGAAGCUAUUUUAUUAUUUUCUUGACUUUGAAAACUAACACUUAACAAGUAGGGUGAAGGAAAAUUGAAUCUCUCAAGAGAGUUAAGAUGACCUAAUCUUUCAAAAACAUACUUGAAAUCAUAUGCCAAGAGAAUUAAAGAAUCAGUUCAAAUAUGUAUUUAUCAAGUCUUUUUAGAGUUUGUCUCUCAAACAUAAUUCAGGCAGUAACCGACUCAAACUUUAGAUCUACUUAGCUAAUAAGGUAAGUUCCCGAAGACCAAGAAAACAUUUAAAUUCAGAACACCUUAGGAAUCAGGCUCCCUGACUUCAGACUAUACUACAAAGCUACAGUAAUCAAGACAGUAUGGUACUGCCACAAAAACAGAAAUAUAGAUCAGUGGAACAGCUUAGAAAGCCCAGAGAUAAACCCAUGCACAUAUGGUCACCUUAUCUUUGAUAAAGGAGGGAAGAACAUACAGUGGAGAAAAGAGCCUCUUCAAUAAGUGGUGCUGGGAAAACUGGACAGGUACAUGUAAAAGUAUGAAAUUAGAACACUCCCUAACACCAUAUACAAAAAUAAGCUCAAAAUGGAUUAAAGACCUAAAUGUAAGGCCAGAAACUAUCAAACUCUUAGAGGAAAACAUAGGCAGAACACUCUAUGACAUAAACCACAGCAAGAUCCUUUUUGACCCACCUCCUAGAGAAAUGGAAAUAAAAACAAAAAUAAACAAAUGGGACCUAAUGAAACUUCAAAGCUUUUGCACAGCAAAGGAAACCAUAAACAAGACCAAAAGACAGCCCUCACAAUGGGGGAAAAUAUUUGCAAAUGAAGCAACUGACAAAGGAUUAAUCUCCAAAAUUUACAAGCAGC